AUGGAAAUGGCCAGGUCGCUCAUAGAUGUGGAUGUCGGCCAAGCCGGAACUUGGGGAGGGCCAGUCAUGCCUCUUACCAGUUAUCCUGCGGGGAUAAAUUUGGAUAGGGAUAUUGAGAUGGACGCCGAGACUACUGGUCCAAAUGGAGUCGGGGUAGAAGCACCAAACGAGGUUGAUCAAGCGCCCGAGGAUGCCACAACCACUGGUCCAAAUGGAGUCGGAGGAGAAGCAUCAAAUGAGUCUGAUCAAGCGUCCGAGGAUACCACAACCACUGGUCCAAAUGAAGUCGGAGAAGAAGCAUCAAAUGAGUCUGAUUAA